AAGCAUUAAAUUCAUUAAAUUCACAGUUGUGCAUACCAAUUAUUGAGCACUGAUAUUAUGGUUUUCCCAAGUCACACUUGUUUGCUAAAUGCUUUGUUCAUAGCCUUUUGCAUCAUUUUCCUGGGUUUGGCCUCUGCCAGGAACACCCUUACACAUUCUCAAUCCAUAAGAGAUUCAGAGAUAGUAACCUCGAACGACAGUGUCUUCGUACUUGGUUUCUUCAGCCCUCAGAAUUCAACGCACCGCUAUGUAGGAAUCUGGUACCUCUCUGAUGCCAACGUCAUAUGGAUAGCUAAUAGAGACCAACCGCUCCUUGAUUCUUCUGGGGUUUUGAAAAUCUCCAAAGAUGGUAACCUGGUUCUAGUUGAUGGAAAAAACCAUGUUAUUUGGUCGUCCAAUGUGUCAAACACUGCAACAAGGUACUGCACUGCUCAAAUUUCCCGUUACGGGAAACUAGUGCUGAAAGAUGACUCCACGGGACAGACCGUAUGGGAGAGUUUCGAGCAUCCUUGUGAUGCAGCAGUGCCAACCAUGAAGAUAAGUGCUAACAAAGUCACGGGUGAGAAAAUACAGUUUGUGUCAAGGAAAAGUGCUUCCGAUCCUUCUACUGGCUAUUUCUCUGCUUCCCUUGAGCGUUUGCAUGCUCCAGAGGUGUUUCUAUGGAUUAAUGGGACUCGGCCUUAUUGGAGGACUGGCCCAUGGAAUGGUAGAAUCUUCAUUGGGACACCAUUGAUGUCAACUGGGUAUCUUUAUGGAUGGAGUGUAGGAUAUGAAGGAAAUGAUAUUGUUUAUCUGACUUACAGUUUUGCUGACCCAUCUUCCUUUGGAAUCCUUACCCUUUCUCCAGAAGGAAAGAUUAAAUUGGUAAGGUAUUAUAACAAUAAGAAAGGGUUGACUUUGGAUCUGGGAAUUUCUGAUUGCGACGUUUAUGGCACAUGUGGGGCAUUCGGAAGCUGUAAUGGGCAGAGUUCACCAAUAUGUAGCUGUUUGAGUGGAUUUGAGGCCAGGAAUCAAGAGGAGUGGAUAAGGAAAAAUUGGACUAGUGGGUGUGUCAGAAAGGUGCCACUCCAGUGUGAGAGGUUGGACAAUGGGAGUGAAGCUGUGCAAGAAGAUAGAUUUUUGAAACUUGAAACAAUGAAAGUACCAGAUUUUGCUGAGAGAUUAGAUGUGGAGGAAGGUCAGUGUGGAACACAGUGCUUGAAGAAUUGCUCUUGUUUGGCGUAUGCGUAUGAUGCUGGCAUUGGAUGCUUGUAUUGGACUAGAGACUUAAUUGACUUGCAAAAAUUCCAAACUGCAGGCAUUGAUCUCUACAUUCGUCUCGCCCAUUCAGAAUUUCAAUCCAGUAAUGCACAAGAGCAUGCUAAUAAAAGAAGAGGCAAGGAAUUAAUCAUCGGAGUUACAGCGGCAACUGCUGGAACAAUCAUCUUUGCCAUCUGUGCUUAUCUAGCCAUUCGCAGAUUUCAGUCGCUUAAGGGAACUGCCGAAGAUUCGGGAAGUGAGAGUCACAAAUUGACUGCGGUCCAGAAACCAGCAAAACUGGAUGAGCUACCGUUAUUUGAAUUUGAAGUCGUUGCAAAUGCUACAAACAGUUUUCACUUAGCUAAUACGCUUGGAAAGGGUGGUUUUGGUCCAGUGUACAAGGGACUACUGCCAGAUGGUCAGGAAAUUGCAGUGAAAAGACUCUCAAGAGCAUCUGGGCAAGGUGUAGAAGAAUUUAUGAAUGAAGUGAUGGUGAUUUCUAAACUUCAACAUCGCAAUCUUGUAAAACUUCUUGGCUGCUGCAUUGAAGGAGACGAAAAGAUGCUCAUCUAUGAAUUCAUGCCAAAUAAAAGUUUGGAUGCAUUCAUCUUUGAUCCACUCCGGCGGAAACUUCUAGACUGGACAAAACGUUUUACUAUAGUUGAAGGAGUUGCUCGGGGCUUACUCUAUCUCCAUAGGGAUUCUAGAUUAAAAAUUAUACAUAGAGAUCUGAAGGCAAGCAAUAUCUUACUAGAUGCAGAUCUGAAUCCCAAAAUAUCAGACUUUGGUUUGGCUAGAAUAUACAAAGGCGAGGAUGAAGUUAAUACUAAGAGGGUUGUUGGAACAUAUGGCUACAUGUCCCCUGAAUAUGCUAUGGAAGGAUUGUUUUCUGAGAAAUCAGAUGUGUAUAGCUUUGGAGUUUUGCUAUUAGAGAUUAUCAGUGGAAAAAGAAACACUAGUUUUCGAAAUGAUGACCAGUCUCUCAGCCUUAUAGGAUAUGCGUGGAAUCUAUGGAACGAAGACAACAUUAGCUUUUUGGUUGAUCCAGAGAUAUCAGCUUCAGGAUCUGAGAAUCAUAUUUUGAGGUGCAUCCACAUAGCAUUUCUUUGUGUGCAAGAAGUUGCAAAAACUAGACCAACAAUGACUACUGUGCUCUCAAUGCUUAACAGUGAGAUUUCCCAUCUACCUCCUCCUAGGCAAGUUGCAUUUGUUCAGAAGCAAAGUUCAUCAAGUUUAGAGUCUUCUUCUCAAGAAAAUAAUUGUAACUCCAACAACCAUGUAACUCUUACUGAUAUCCAAGGAAGAUAACAAUAUAGAAUCAUUUUCGCUGUGAAAAUUGCUGCCAUGCUAUAUGCUGAUGAUUAUUCAGUUAUGUUUAUCCACUAGCAGUCUUAUUUUCUAGAUAAUCAGAAACAUUCAAUAUAACAGUAAUCCUUUAAUGAUGGCCUUUGAUAAA